UGGUGUAGGCUGCGUCUUACGUGCUUUUCUAGCCGCGCGUUUUCUGCUUUCCUUAAAAGAGGUUGCGAACCCUGAACCUCUGAGGUAAAUGCUGGCGCUAUAAUGUUUAGUUUUUUAGAGAUUUAUUGCGCUACCUUUUUACAAACCGGUGACUCAGUGACACUUCGAAUUAAAGACUCCGUGCACAAGCCCAUUCCUCCUCUCCUCUUUUAUGGAAACGUUAAUCAUUUUAAACAAACUAAAAGAGGGGUAAAUACCGUGUAUUGCUUUCAAUCUUUUUCUUUUUUUAAUUUUUUGCUUUCAAUCUUAGUGUCGCCCUAUGUCAAAUUGCAUUUCUUCAAGCCAGUAGGAAUUACUUUGCCAUGGGCGUAGUGGCCCGUGUAAUUACGACUUGGGUUUUUGUAUAUUUAUUUGCCCUUCCUCCCAAUUUAACAAGAACUGUGAGUCGGAUGCAAAAAUAAAUGACUGUCGAAAAGUUUUACAGACAUUGAGUAUUGAAUCAACUUGAUUCUUGGAGCAGGAGUGAAAAGCAGCCAAAUGCUGCAGGCCUGGUGUGUGGUCUCCGGACCGGGACAGAGUGAAGAGAGAACAAUGCAGAAGGAGCCUAGCCCUCUAGUGCCUUUACAUUGGUUUGGUUUUGGCUAUGCAGCACUGGUUGCUUCUGGCGGGAUCAUUGGCUAUGUAAAAGCAGGUAGUGUCCCUUCCCUGGCUGCUGGGCUCUUCUUUGGGGGUUUAGCAGGCUUGGGUGCUUAUCAGCUGUCGCAGGAUCCAAGGAACAUUUGGGUUUUCCUAGCUACAUCUGGAACUUUGGCUGGCAUUAUGGGAAUGAGAUUCUACCACUCUGGAAAAUUUAUGCCUGCUGGCUUAAUUGCGGGUGCCAGUUUGCUGAUGGUCGCCAAACUUGGAAUUAGUAUGUUCAAUAGACCCCAUCAAUCAUAGUCAUGUCUCAGCUUGGACUCAUAAUGAAGAAUUAAACUGUCUCCAAACUCCCGUUUUUUAAAAUGUAUUUAGAGAAAUAAGUGCAACAUUUUUGCAUAUUCUGCCAUUUUACUAAAAACAAAACCAAAAAUUAACACUGAACUUUGGGGGGGGAAGAAAAAUCAGUCGUCAUCAUUACAAUCCUACAAAAGUGGCAAAUAUAUAACACAAGCGCUUAUUGCUAUUAUAUUAUCAUACAGUUCAAUUCUUGUAUAUUGAUGUUAGCUCUUCUUUCUGUUAUCUGUGGGUAAAAUCAUAGUUGUCAGUGUUGGAGACCUUGAAACCAUGCCCCGCUCAGAUGAACAGUGUGAAAAACAGUUUCUUACGGGAUUUAGGAUAUCUGUUUUUCAAAGACCUAGAACAAAGACCUAAUUUGAAAUUAUGUUAAAUGAAAUAUCAGUGAAAAUAAAAUUUUACUUUUAAUAAUA